AUGGAUCUUUUUCCGGAAAUUCUUGAAGAAAUAUUCCAAUACCUUAAUUGCGACAAAGCGUCACUUCAUUCUUGUAUUCUUGUUAAUCGAGGAUGGUGCAAAGUAGCUGUACCCAUAUUAUGGAAACAACCUUUUCUUCUUUUAGAAAAUAAUGGACAUGACAAGCUCAUCGAUAUUUAUGCAUCUUUUCUCACAGAUGAAGCUCAUGCAGUACUUCAAUCCCAAGGCAUAAACUGGUCACCCAGUCCUUUUCCUAAACAUGAUCAAGAAAAAACUUUUAUUUAUCCCUCCUUCUUACGCCAUUUCAAAUAUGAUAACUUAUGUUUAUGUUUAGAUUCAUGGUAUAAAAAACAUAUACUAAAUAUUCAAGAUGAUAAAUUAGAUAAAACAAAGAAAACAUGGGCUCUAUAUUCUAUUUCAGCCUUUAACGAUUAUACAUGGUUCAUUCCUCUUUAUAUUGAAAUUUUUAAAGUUUUUUUAAAUUGUGGUGCAAGAUUUGAAUGUCUCGAUCUUUAUUCUGAACAUUAUUGUCAACUUGUCGAUCAUAGAAUUUUGUUUGAAUUACCUGGAAUUGAAAAUUGUUUAGCAAAUCUUAAAGUUCUUUCUCCUGCAACAAUGGAAAGUUUUACUUCAAUAGAUUAUUAUUCUAAAUUAUGUCGAAAUAUCAAAUCUUUAAAAAUUGAAUCAUUACGUGUUGGAGAAUCUGCACUAUCUGGUCUAAUUAAAGCCCAAGUUGCUCUUGAACAUAUUUAUAUUGGGAACUAUCUUCAUCCUUAUCACUUAAGUAGCUAUACGUUAAAUUCUUUUGUAUAUUCUGGAUUAAACAAUGAUUUAUCUUUAGCAUUGUUAACACAAGCUAGUUCCCUUAAAUCUCUUGAAAUUAGAAAUUUAGUUGUUAAUGAAGUUCCUUGUUAUAAACAAAUAACUUGGAAUAAUCUAGAUUCUUUGACAAUAUCCAACGACAAUAACUAUAAUUUAAUGAAAAUGCCAUUUGGUACAAAAAAUUUUCCAAAAUUACAAAAAUUAUAUAUAAAGCAAAAUACUUUUCCUACUGAUCUUAUUGAUUUUAUUCGAAAUACAAAUUUUUCUUUAAAAGAAAUUCAUUUAAUAUUAAGAUUUCAAUCGGAUGACAUUUCAAAUGUUAUUCAAU